AUGCGUGUUGUCAUGGUGACCAGCCCCUGUACCCCUUUCCCCCUCCUCUGGUUGGUCCAGCUUCUGUUGUGGUUUCACAACCAUGGACCUCAGCUGACAGAGGCAGCACCCCCCUGUCCCACCCCCUGUACCUGCUCCAAUCAGGCGAGCCGUGUCAUCUGUACGAGGAAGACUCUAGAUCAAAUCCCAGACAGUAUUUCAGAGAACACAAGAUACCUCAAUCUACAAGAGAACUCUAUUCAGGUGAUCAAGUCUGACACAUUUAAGCAUCUGCGACAUUUGGAAAUCCUCCAGCUCUCCAAGAACCACAUCCGGCAGAUUGAGGUGGGAGCUUUUAAUGGUCUUCCCAACCUCAAUACAUUGGAGCUUUUUGACAACCGUCUCACAGUGGUACCAUCCCAAGCCUUUGAGUACCUCAGCAAGCUAAGGGAACUAUGGCUACGAAACAACCCCAUCGAGACGCUGCCGGCGUUUGCCUUUCACCGUGUUCCCUCCUUGCGGCGUCUCGAUCUCGGGGAACUCAGGAAGCUGGAUUUCAUCUCAGAGGCUGCCUUCGAAGGUCUGGUAAACUUGCGCUUCUUGAAUCUUGGCAUGUGUGGUUUGAAGGACAUCCCUAACCUCACCCCGCUAGUGCGACUAGAGGAGUUGGAGCUGUCGGGGAACCAGCUGGGGAUAGUCCGGCCUGGAUCCUUCCAGGGUCUGGUGUCACUUCGCAAGCUGUGGUUAAUGCACUCCAGAGUGUCAGUCAUUGAACGCAAUGCUUUUGACGACCUCAAAAACUUGGAGGAGCUCAACCUCUCCCACAAUUCCCUUCAUUCCCUGCCCCAUGACCUCUUCACGCCUUUGCACCAGCUGGAGAGGGUACAUCUCAACCACAAUCCUUGGGUGUGCAACUGUGAUGUUCUGUGGCUCAGCUGGUGGCUGAAAGAAACAGUCCCCAGCAAUACCACAUGUUGCGCUCGCUGCCAUGCGCCUCCAGGUCUAAAGGGAAAGUACAUUGGGGAGCUAGACCAGAGCCACUUUACCUGCUAUGCCCCAGUGAUUGUUGAGCCCCCCACUGACCUCAAUGUCACUGAAGGAAUGGCUGCUGAGCUGAAAUGUCGUACUGGAACCUCAAUGACCUCUGUGAACUGGUUCACUCCGAAUGGCACUCUGAUGACCCAUGGAUCGUACCGAGUUAGGAUCUCAGUGCUCCACGACGGAACGCUGAACUUCACAAAUGUGACCGUGCAAGACACUGGGCAGUAUACUUGCAUGGUAACCAACUCUGCUGGAAACACCACCGCAACCGCCGUGCUCAAUGUGUCUGCUUCAGACCCCAGCAACAGCUACAGCUAUUUUACCACUGUCACUGUGGAAACAGUAGAGACAGUAAGAGGAGAGGAGGAGAACUCUGCAAGACAGUAUAUAAAUGAGACCUUCAUAGAUUUCCCUAAUCCUACUGUUCAAAGAGGGUUAGAUGGACGACCUGGCAUCACUAUAUCGCCUUCUCUCUCUUCUCUGUCCUCGCUGUCCCCAAGAGCCAACAAAGCCACUGAAAAUGCAGUGACUGUGUCCAUAAUAGAUGUAACUAACAUUCCAGGCUUGGAUGAUGUAAUGAAAACAACUAAGAUCAUCAUUGGUUGCUUUGUAGCCAUUACUUUUAUGGCAGCUGUAAUGUUGGUGGUCUUCUAUAAACUCCGUAAGCAGCACCAGCUACACAAGCACCACGGCCCAGCCAGAGCCAUUGAAAUUGUCAACGUAGAAGAUGAGAUCGGAGCCGGGGCAGGAAGUGGCAUCUCAGGUGGUUCAACAAUGAAUUCUGGCACUGGUGGAGAAGGAACCCUAAGGAUACAUCAUCCAGAAAUAGUCAACCUGCCCAACAUUGGCCGUACAGAUACUCUUAACCAUUACUACAAGACACAUCAUUUCAACAACAACGUGAUGGGUCUUAGUAUUGGCACCGAAGGGAUGGGACCAGGAGGGAUCCUCAACAGCAAGAAUCAGCAAGGCCUGGAUAUCCCCAUCUCCUGUACCUCAGUCCCAAUCUCUACAUCUAAUUUGCUCUCUUCAUCAGGCAAUGGCACCAACACCAACCCCAGUUCCAUGUCCCCACCACUGCCGAUGUCACUCCCCAUGCCUACCAUGGGCUUACAUGGAUCGAUCAAGGGUUUCAUGGGCCAAAACCAGAAUCCCCAAAUGGAGCCUCUUCUGUUCAAGGGGAGUUCGAAGGAAAACGUCCAAGAGACUCAGAUCUAA